CACCAAAUAUGGCUUAAUCCUUUUUUUUAAUGCCUAUUUUACCUUGUAAUCCUCUAGUCAACUUUAGAUGUAUCAAUGAUUUCUUGAUAUUACUUCUUAUCAAAUAAUUAAAUGAUAAAAAAUAAAGUUGCUGAUGCAGCCUUGUAAUGAAAACGGAAGCUGGAACCUUUUUGUUUUUUACAGGAAACAGACUGAAUUUCAUUAAUGAGCAUAAGAAUUUAUUUGUCCAUGCAGCAAUGAACUUUGAACUCAUAUCUUAUGCAUUUUUGGCACGAAAGCAAUCAUUUGCAUUUAUAUGUAUGUUUUACUGUUCUACAAACAAUCUAGGUUUUGCUUGUGUCAUGUUUGUUGAUUUGCAGAGUUUUAUUUGAUGAUCAAUGACAAAAGUGCGCUCACUCUAGUUCAUUCAUUAUUUCUUGCCAUUUUGUCGCUAUUAAGGCAUGGCUUCAUCUGGUACAUCUGAAGUUGUUAAAAGGGAUGUUAAGGAGAAAGAGCACAAGAAAGAUGAAAAAAAUGAAGAUAAAGGUGGAUUUAUUGAGAAGGUGAAGGAUUUCAUUCAUGACAUUGGCGAGAAGAUUGAGGAAGCUAUUGGAUUUGGGAAGCCUACUGCAGAUGUUGCGGGGGUUCACAUCCCUCAUAUCAAUCUUGAGAAGGCAGAUAUUGUUGUCGAUGUUCUCGUAAAGAACCCAAAUCCCGUGCCAAUCCCUCUGAUUGACAUAAACUAUUUGAUUGAGAGUGAUGGAAGGAAACUUGUUUCAGGGUUGAUCCCAGACGCUGGGACAAUCCAUGCACAUGGUGAAGAGACUGUCAAAAUACCAGUUAAUCUGGUUUAUGAUGACAUAAAAAAUACAUAUGACGAUAUUAAGCCCGGACGCAUCAUUCCAUAUAGGAUCGAGGUUGACCUCAUUGUAGAUGUGCCUGUUUUCGGUAGGCUAACACUACCACUUGAGAAAACUGGAGAGAUCCCCAUACCUUACAAGCCGGAUAUUGAUCUUGAGAAAAUUAAAUUUCAGAGAUUCUCUUUUGAAGAAACUGUUGCAGUUCUUAAUUUGAAAGUGGAAAAUAAGAAUGACUUUGACUUGGGCUUAAAUUCACUAGACUAUGAGGUUUGGCUUUCUGAUGUGAGCAUUGGAGGUGCAGAACUUUCAAAUUCUACAAAAAUUGAUAAGAAUGGAAUAAGUUACAUUGAUAUUCCCAUCACCUUCAGGCCUAAGGACUUUGGCUCUGCACUUUGGGACAUGAUUAGGGGAAAAGGUACUGGUUACACCUUGAAAGGACAUAUUAAUGCAGAUACACCCUUUGGAGCAAUGAAUUUGCCCAUCAGCAGGGAGGGUGGUACCACUCGUCUCAAGAAGAACAAAGAAGAUGGUGGGGAUGAUGAUGAUGAUGAUGAGGAGGAAUAAAAAUUGCAUUGUUGCUGUCAUCUGUUUCACAGUAGUCGUCCUUCAGAAUAAUAGUUAAAUAGGCACUCGAACUCGUGACUUUGUCUUCGAGUGUUGAGAACUUGAUGUUCAUCUAUAUGCAAGCUGAACGUUUAGGGAUUCUAUGCAUGCAUAAUUAUGCUCGUGUUAUUGUGAUGUAGUUGGGCGGCACUUUUUAGAUUGCAUACCCAUCCUUUUAAUCUGUUGAGACCUUUGGAAUGAAAUUGAAAUAACCCAUCAACUAUU